ACACGCGCUAAGCUUUUUAACGUUGUCUGAUUGGUCAGUUUUGUUCGGAUGUACUUCGGAAUUUGUUCGGCAAAUUGACCAAUCAUAAUGCUUCGUUUUAAACAAAAGACGUUUCAAAUUCCUUCAAAUUUGAAGAGGCAACCUUUUCAUUGCAACACGGGGGCAAAAAUCUGUAAAACCGCAGGCAGUUUUACUUUUUUGUCAGUUUUUCUUGUGAUAACAGUUAAAAACAGUUUCAUGGUUUGUGAAGAGCCUUUCCAGAGAAUGGAUUGUUGCAGACAAAUGCAGUUUCGUCAAACUCUGUAAGUACAAAACAUGCAUCUCAAAACUGCAUUUCACAAAAAUGGCCUCCUUCAAAACUUUUGAAUUUUAAAGUAAAUAUUUUACAGUGUCCAAAAUAUUUUUAGGUAAUUGUUCUUCCUGACUAGAAGAAACAAUCUUUUUUUUAAAAAAUGGAGAUAAAUCAAGAUGGGCAAAAUAACAAGGAGGAAAAGUUAAUGCACGGUGAAAAUGAAACGACAGAUUGUCGAGCGGGAGACAACGUAUUAAUUGAAAUAGGAAACACUGUGAUAGAGAAAGACAUGCAAGCAAACAAAUUGAGCGAGUGAGUAUUCUUUAAAACAAAGGAAACGAUUUUCUUAAAGAAGUGUUUGGGUACAAAUUGACAACCUUUCAAUGUUGUUUUUAUACUCGUGUAGGAUUAAAGAUGGCGACCAAUCAAUCAAAAACAGGAGCGCUUUAGGAGAGGUUGAAAACCUGCACGAAGUUCCGUCAAUGAAUUUAUCAGAUGUGUACUCAAGUGAAAAAUUUGGACAUGACCUUUUACAGCUUAUUGGUAAGUUCAUGCAUGUUGCAUCCAUGCUGACAGGGAAAGGUCUGGGACUAGCAAUCAUAUAGAUUAAUAGAUAUAAUUAAAAAUAAAAUUACACUCUAUUUUGUUGAAUAUAUUUGAUUCCGUUCACAAAUCUGUCCAUUGAUGCUUUGGAUCACUAAACAUAUUUACAAGUCACAAAAAGUUUCACAAAUGAAACAUAAAUAUACCAAAAUCGUUUUCCACUGUCAAUUCUAGUACCACAGCGUUAAUAAACUCCUAACCUUAAUAUUUUUCCAGAACAUGGACACAGUUUAGAAAACUGGACUCAUGGAAGUUACCAAGAUACUCCUACAGAUUCAUUCUCAUCUCACAUGCAGAUUGAAAGUGUACCACCAAUUAGUCCAAUUCAACAGUGCAUUAAUGCUGACAUACACCCAACAAACGAGUCCACCCUAACCCUUACUGUACUGAACUCUACCAAUGUGGCUGAUGAGGCUAGCCAGCCUAUUUCGUUUUCUUUUGGCCAAUCAAGCACACAUGGCAGCAAUAUUGUUGAUCAUGAUUAUUGUAUAUAUCCCAAGUUAGAAUAUUCGGUCAGAGAGAGUUACCAUGGGACAGUGGAUAACAGUGCAUUCAUGCAACCAGAACAGGUAACAUAUGUGAAAUACAGUAUGAAGUAAUCUUUGUAAUGUUGUACCAAAUCAACUUCAAACAAAGUUAAGAGUUCUGUUUUUUGAAGCAUGAACUAGGUAUGGAUCAGGAAAAACUACAGCGGAUGAAGAGAAGAAAAGAAAAAAACAGAGAAUGUAGUCGACAGUUCAGAUUGAAACAGAAAAGCAAAGAGGAGAACCUUAAAAUUGGAAAGAUUGAGAAAUUACAAAAUCUUGAGAGCCUGAGAAGAAAUGUGGAAAAUUUGAAAACAACGUUGUCAAAAGUAGCUGCACAGUGCUGUUCUGAAUGCCCAAAGACAAGAAUGUUGUUGCGUCAAUACGCCCUUGUCGACAAGGAGAACAUCAAUCCUGAUUAUAUGCAAAUUAUGAAAUAACCAAACAAAAACAAAUUACAAUGGUUUCUUCUUUAAAACAGUUUAACUUGUAAAUAAAAUUUAGUGUUAAAAUGCUUGCUGGCACAAAGCAGACAAUGAAUUCAGAUAUGAUUAUAAGACAAAUUAAUUUUCAAAGAGACAUGUACAGCAUUGUACGAGAACAUGUUUUUGUUUAAAUUGAGAAUCAGUUGUAAGAUUCAACAAAAUUAAAGUUUGCAAAAUGUUACUGUUACUUUCACCUUAUGGGAAAAGAAGUACAACUUUUGAACAAAGUCCAGGUUGCACACCCUCGGUAAAUAUACACUUCGUCUUUUCAGAGUCGCUUAUUCCUGCUUGAUCAAAUUCAAAUAAAUUUUUAUUGCUAUUAUUCAAGUUAACCCAAUGCCACACAGCAUAAUGUCUAGACUUCCCUUGUCUGGCAAGGAGAAACAAAUGUUUAGUUUCAAAUAACCCAGGAAUCUGUCCUUCGGCAAGAUGAAAUGGAUGUAUUGAUGUAUCAGUACCAUCUCUACCAUCUGUAGGUACAUCUGUCAGUGAAAUGUUCUCAUCUUUUAAACCAAUGAGGAACCCU